GAGAGUAAAUAUGAGAUAGAGGGGAGAGUAUAACGAGAGGGGUUGGGGAGAGACGCAGCCACAGAGACGGGGAGAGACAAAGAUACGCAUGCACGGACGAGACACAGAGACACACACACACGGGCGAGAGACGGUACUCCCGGCUGAGGAAGGACCCUACCGUGCCGACGUUCCGCGCUGGGGGGCAAAAGACGCCUUGGAACGAGCGCGGGGUGCUGCGCGUGACACCGCCGCAUACCAAAAGCAACCAGCGGUUCACUGCGGCGGCGGAGCAGGAGGAGGAGGAGCAGGCGAGGGGUGGUGGUGGUGGCGGCGGUGGCAGCGGUGGGUAUAGUCAGGGCCGCGGGUGCUCAUUCACGGCCAGCGAGCGCCCCCACCGAGCCGCCGACCCGACCGGGAUGGCUCCGGCGAUGGCGCUCGCCGCGCUAACCGUCGUCUUGCUGGCCGGGGGUCCGGCCCGCCCCCUGGGCGGGUUCGGGGGUGCCGCGGACGCCCAGGAGGCGCCCGGGAGAAUCGUCCAGCUGGGCGCCGUGCUUAGCUCGUCGGCGCACGAGGCCAUCUUCCGGGAGGCCGUGUGGGCCGCCAACCGGCGGCUGGGCCUGUGGCGGAUCCAGCUGAACGCGACGGCCGUGACGCAGAGGGACAACGCCAUCAAGAUGGCGCUGGCCGUGUGCGAGGAGCUGAUCAGCAAGCAGGUUCACGCGAUCCUGGUGAGCCACCCGCCUCACCCGCACGAACACAUGAACCCGACCCCCGUGUCCUACACCGCUGGGUUCUAUCGCAUCCCCGUGAUUGGACUCAGCAACCGCCUCUCCAUCUACUCGGACAAGAGUAUCCACCUGUCCUACCUGCGCACGGUACCGCCAUACUCGCACCAGGCCCUGGUGUGGUUCGAUCUCAUCGAGCACUUCAAGUGGGGCCACAUCGUUCUCAUCGUCAGCGACGACCACGAGGGCCGCGCCGUGCAGAAGCGGCUCGAGAAGCUCCUGGAAGAGGAGGAGAUCAAGAAGACGAGUAAAUAUCUCAAGAGCUAUGAGAGCUACGACAACCUUUUACCCGACAACGAGCCGGGACCCAAGACGGAGAAGACCAUUCUGUUCCCGCCUGGAUCGAAGAACGUCACGUUGCUUCUGAGCGAGGCGCGGGAGGUGGAGGCCAGGGUCAUUCUCCUGGUGGCUGAGGCCGAGGACGCGUCCACGGUUUACCGCGACGCGGCGCUCCUCAACAUGACGGGCAGCGGCUACGUGUGGCUCGUGGGCGAGAGGGAGGUCUCGCCCGCGGCACUGGUCAACGCGCCUGAAGGGCUGCUGGGCCUGCAGCUGCAGCACGGCUCCAACGAGAGUGCCCACAUCCGCGACGCGGUGGCGUUGCUCGCCCACUCCAUCAAGGAGGCGACGGAGAGGGAGAACGUCAGCGAGCCCCCGCGGGGCUGUGUGGGCAACACGGCCGUGUGGAAGGGAGGCCUCACGCUCAACCGGUACCUGCUGUCGGCCAGCCUCAAGGAGGGCCUCACUGGGCGCGUGGAGUUCGACGAGGAGGGCGACCGCCGGCACCCUGAGUACGUCCUCGUGAACCUGCAGGCCGGGCGGAACCUCGUGCCCGUGGGGGCCUGGACGGAGGAGAACAAGGCUCAGGUCAACGACAAGGACAUCGUCUGGCCCGGAGGGGGCAAGGUCAUCCCAGACGGGUUCAAGAUGUCAACCAAACUCAAGAUCGUCACGAUCCACCAGGAGCCGUUUGUCUACGUGAAGCCGACCCUGAAGGAUGGCACCUGCAAGAAGGAGCUCACCAUCUUCGGCGACACCAUCCAGAAGGUCAUCUGCAUGGGGCCCAACAACACCCUGCCAGUUCGUUGCGUGGCGGCAGGACGGCCCAUCGUGCCGCAGUGCUGCUAUGGCUUCUGCGUGGACCUCCUCAUCAAGCUGGCCAACAACCUCAACUUCACCUACGACGUCCACCUCGUGCACGACGGCAAGUUCGGCACACAGGAGCGGGUGAACAACAGCAACAAGAAGGAGUGGAACGGCAUGAUGGGGGAGCUGCUGAUGGGGCAGGCGGACACGAUCGUGGCGCCCCUCACCAUCAACAACGAGCGGGCGCAGUACAUUGAGUUCUCCAAGCCGUUCAAGUACCAGGGACUCACCAUCCUCGUCAAGAAGGAGAUCCCGCGCAGCACCCUCGACUCGUUCAUGCAGCCGUUCCAGAGCACGCUGUGGCUGCUCGUGGGACUCUCGGUCCACGUGGUGGCCGUCAUGCUCUACCUGCUCGACCGCUUCAGUCCGUUCGGGAGGUUCAAGGUGAACAGCGAGGAUGAGGAGGAGGACGCCCUGACGCUCUCCUCCGCCAUGUGGUUCUCUUGGGGAGUGCUGCUCAACUCCGGCAUCGGGGAGGGCAGCCCCCGGAGCUUCUCAGCGAGGAUCCUGGGCAUGGUGUGGGCCGGCUUCGCCAUGAUCAUCGUGGCCUCCUACACGGCCAACCUCGCCGCCUUCCUCGUGCUCGACCGCCCGGAGGCCCUCAUCACCGGCAUCAACGACCCGCGGCUGCGGAACCCAUCGGACAAGUUCAUCUACGCGACGGUGAAGCAGAGCUCGGUGGACAUUUACUUCCGGCGCCAGGUGGAGUUCAGCACCAUGUACAGGCACAUGGAGAAGCACAACUACGACAGUGCCGGGGAGGCCAUCCAGGCCGUCAAGGACGGGACUCUGCAUGCCUUCAUCUGGGACUCAGCUGUGCUGGAGUUCGAGGCGUCCCAGAAGUGCGACCUGGUGACUGCCGGGGAGCUGUUCUUCCGCUCGGGGUUCGGCAUCGGCAUGCGCAAGGAGAGCCCCUGGAAGCAGAAAGUGUCCCUGUCCAUCCUCAGUUUCCACGAGAGCGGCUUCAUGGAGGACCUGGACCGCACGUGGGUGCGCUACCAGGAGUGUGACUCACGCAGCAACUCGCCCGCCACGCUCACCUUCGAGAACAUGGCCGGUGUGUUCAUGCUGGUGGCGGGGGGCAUCGUGGCGGGGAUGUUCCUCAUCUUCAUCGAGAUCGCCUACAAGAGGCACAAGGACGCGAGGCGCAAGCAGAUGCAGCUGGCGUUCGCCGCCGUCAACGUGUGGCGCAAGAACCUCCAGCCGGACACCCUUUCGGACGAGCAGAGAUCCGAGCCCAGCCCAACAUCUCACCGCCAUCACCAAACUCCGCCACUGGGAUUCUACCACCACCACAACAACAACAACCACCACUACCACCACCACCACCAUCAGCGGCACCACCAGGCUGCGGCGGGUCUGGCUCCUCUUCCGCCGCAGCAGCAGCAGCAGCAGCGGCACUGGGCCACGCAGCGGCUGGACGCUCUGCCGCUGCUGGCCCAGAAGCCGGCUGGCCAGCGGUCUGGCGAGCGGCAGGACGGCGACGGGCUGAGCUCCCCGGAGUCGCUCCCCCCGCGGCACCGCACGCACAUCGACCCGCGCACGCUGGCCCACCCGCUGGCGCGCCCUGCCCUGCGGCACACCAUCAUCUAGGCGGCGGCGGCGGCGGCGGCGGCGGUCCGUCUUUGGAUUCCCCCGGCGGCAUCGGCAUCGGCGG